AUGGCAGCCUUAUCCCCAGUUCCUUCCAUGGAAGACCUUAAGGUCAAGUUCCAAGAAAGCUCUCUUAUCUUCCCAUACAAAGAAACGCCGAAAAAAUCGAUUUUCUUGUCCAACAUCGAUCAAAUCUUGAACUACGAUAUCCCGACAGCCCAUUUCUUCAAGGCAAACCCAGAAUUCCCGCCGGAAAUAAUGGCCAAAAGGUUCAAAAUUGCACUUGAGAAGGUGCUGGUGCCGUACGAUUUUAUGGCGGGAAGACUAAAACUAAACCGGGAAUUGGGCCGUCUGGAGAUAGACUGCAACGCGGCGGGGGCUGGCUUUGUGGUGGCUAAGUCCGAUGUCUCUCUUGAUGAGAUUGGUGGCGAAUGA